AUGGAACUUGACAUGUCUUGUUAUCCACCAGGGGCCAUAGGAAACAGUGUCAGUGAAAGCGUGUUGGGGUCCGACGGUGUAGAAGUCGAGGACCGUCUGGUUGCUUUACGUUGGGUUAACCAUGAAAAAAGGCAUAGCACUCCGGAAUGCGUGACAAGGGAUACAAGGGAUUUUGUUGUAUCCCUUGCCACGGAUAGAUUAUCAACGUUGCAAAGAUCUUUAAAAUGGGCAGGAUUAAAAUUAAAAUCACGAGAAAUUUUGAAUAAAAUUGCCGAGAGAUUUACUAAAAUGUUGGCUUGCGUUUGCCAACCCUCCGAUCCAGGUAUUUUUCGAAGAUCACCUGUACCUUUGGGCUCGCAACCUUUAAGAUUAGAUCACAAUGGGGCCAUACCGAAACCACCUGGAAGAAUAUUAUGUAUACCAGUCGUGGUUACCAACGAACCAAGUCCUUCGAGAGAAUUUAAAAGACACGGCGAGAAAAGGAGGUGUAAUAUAUUGGUGAAUAAAUGCGUGGAAAAAGACUUUGAAAAAGAAGAUGUUAAUGUUAAUAUCCAAGAUGUUAGUGCCCAAAAGAAACAAAGUAAAGAAAAUAUUAACGCCGAUUUAGGUACUCUUAAAAGUGGAUUGGAUAAGUUACCCGACGGAGUACAGUUGACUCUGACAGAACUCCGAGAGAUGGCAUGUCGUCAACAGGCGCAGAUAGACUCGCAGCAUCAGCUGCUUGCGGCCAAAGAGCAAAGGCUGAGAUACCUGAAAGAACAAGAAGCGAGACAACAACGCGUUCAAGCUGAAAGUGAACGCCUCAGGAGGUUACGCGAUCGUGUCGAUGCUCAAGAACUUAAACUAAGAAAACUUAGGGCUAUAAGGGGACAAGUAGAUCACCAAAAACAAAAUAAUCUUUCUCUUACUAGUGACCUUGAUUCAAUUCGAGCUCUUUUCAAUGAAAAAGAAAAGGAAUUAUCUUUGGCCGUGGCCAAAGUGGAAGAGCUCACCAGACAACUCGAAGAGUUGAGAAGGGGCAGGUCAUCGAGAGACCAACCUCCCGCUUCAGCCCUCGAGCUAGACAAACUCCGAAGAGAACUUAUGUAUCGGAAUAAAUUAAAUGAGCAACAGAAUCAAAGAUUAAAUCAGCAACGAGAAGCUUUAACGGCCCGUCAAGAGGAAAUGAGCGCUAUAGAUAAAAGGAUAUCGGAAUUACAAGAAAGAUUGCAUAGAAAGAGGCUUUUAAAUCAGCAACUUGCGAAUCAAAUUAGUGCGACGUCUCAUAAAGCUGCGUAUCAUCAACUCGUUAGGUAA